AUGGGUAUAACAACCUUAUCAUUUUUAUGUGCUUUACUAUCUUUAUCAAUAUCCCUACAAAGUAAAGAAAAUCAUUUGUUCGCAACUCCAUCAUUUUUAGAUGUAUCAGAUACUGAAGCAGACUUAGAAUCAUUACAAAAUACAACAGAUUCUCAAACUAUAAUCACAGAUGACGAUGUGGAUGAAGCAAUUCCUGUGUUUUCAUCAAGCCAACCAUAUGAUGAACAGCAAGGGGAUAUGACUGAUAAUGAUGUCGAAGAUUAUGUGAGUUUGGCCUUAAUAACGCCGACUGAAGAUGCUGAAGGAUUGACCUGGCAGGAUAUUGAAGGGACUGAUGAUAUUGAUGAAGCUGUAGAAGGAUCUGAUAACCCUGAUGCAGGAGCUUGGGUAUAA